AUUUACGUUGUAAUUUUUUAAGUACUAAUAUAUAUUGUUUAAAUAUUCAAUAUGGAAGUACUUAAGGAAUGUUCAGCAUACUUAAGUAACUAUGAAGUUCUGAAUAUUCUACAGAAUAUAAAGGCAAAUAAAAAACAAAAAAUGAAACAAAAUCAAUUAGCAAGUAUAACAUAUCAAACUAUUAGAUAUUUAGAAAAUACUUCAUGUAAAAUCCAAUCUCCAGAAAAAAUUAAAGACUUUUUAAGAGCAAUGGAACCUUUCAAACUUACAAAAUGUGAAAUAUUAACUCUUUUAAAUGUAUGUCCUAAAACACCUCUUGAAAUACAAUUGAUUGUAGAAGAUAGUGAAGAUCGUUUGACUGAUGAAGAAGUAGAUUCUUUACUUCAAGUAGUAGCAAAUUAUUUAAAUGAAAAUGAACAAGAUGGAUAAUAUGAUUUUUCUAUUUUAACUUUACAAAUUUUUUAAAAACAUUUUAUAUAUUUUAUGUACAUUUUAUUUAUAGCAAACAAAGAAAUGAAAA